CACGAUCUGUUUUACACACUCGACUUAAAUAGCUGCGCGAUCGCGAUAUCUGAACCUCAAACUCCUUCGUCUCUCUGAACUCUCCAAUGCGACCUGGAAACGAACGUAACAAUUGGCCAGAGAUGGAUAUUCUGACUGUUUUGCCCUCCAAUUUUGGAUAUGUCAUAUUCACUUACCUAUACAGUUGGAUUAUGCUGUCUUAUUUAGCUGUAAAAGUUGGAGCAGCCCGGAAGAAGUAUGACGUUAAGUAUCCAACCAUGUACAGUGACAAGGCUCAAGUGUUCAACUGUAUCCAGAGAGCCCAUCAGAACACUCUUGAGGUGUAUCCUCAGUGGCUUGUUUUCCAGACCAUCGCAGCCCUCGUCUUUCCGUUAACAGCAUCAGUGCUGGGUGCCAUUUGGGUGACAAGCAGGCUUUCCUAUGCCUGGGGCUAUUACACUGGAGAUCCCGCUAAGAGAAUGAACGGUGCCUAUGGCUACAUUGGAUACCUUGGAGUUAUCUGUCUGUCCAUAUAUGUAGGCUUGCAAUUGCUUGGAGUUUUUUAAGAUCAUUUUCCGAAAAAAAAAAAAAAAAAGAUUGCGCUCAUCUUUUCCAGUAUGACUGAUAAUAUUACUCAAUUAUACAAAAUAGCAUGUUGCUUUGACAUGUAGCAGCCUCACCUUACUUUCCAGCAUUAAGCUAGUACAACUGAUACUGAAAAUACAUAUCAUAGUCUCAUGAAAAUACACUGUUUUGAUUUGGACUGACAACAUAAUUACUGUAGGUUUUAUCCAAGAUUCUUGCCUGUAUUUGACUAAUAAAUACAUCUUAAAAAAACGGCUGCCCUGUUGCU